AUGAAUACCAACAGUUUUCUGCCCCCACGGCGCCGCCGCCUCUGCUCCCUCCUGGGCAAGCUGCUGCAGAGAUUCGCCGAUCUGACCGGCGGCUCCCCGGCUCAACACCACCACCACCAGCCGCCGUCCCAGCCCGAAGGCAAAGCCGAGCCCGGCCUGGACACUGACAGCGAUUAUGGGAGUUUGGAGUCGGACCGGGACUCGGUCACCGACGACCCGUUCGAGGAAUUGCUGUGUGCCGACGUGAUGCAGCUGAUCGAGCAGAGCCUGAGCGAGGCCAAACGCGCGGCGUUGCACUGCUUCAAGCUGCUCAUCCCGGAGGAGCUGAGCGCCCAGGUGGCGGACGAGCUGUUGCGGCUGGCGGCCAGCGAGCCCUGCGGGCUGCGGGGAGCCGUGCUGCACCUCAGCGUGGAGGAUGGCGACGUUUGCAAGGACGUGGACCGCAUCGUGGUGGACGGCAGCUUGGCGCCCACCUUCGAGCUCGCCCUGGUGCUGAGACUGGAAGGGGGGUUCUGGUCCAAGGUCCAGGACCUCUUGACUUCGGGCCCUUCCUUCACCCCGGGGUACAGCCAAGCUCUCCGGCUCAGCCCCAGGUUCCGAAUCAUCAAGAGAAAACUGUACAGUUCUAACGUGGUGUUCGUUGAGGAAUGUUGAGGUGAUAGACACUGCUGGAGGGUGGGAGGGAGGGGAAGAGGUUUCCACUCGGGGCUCUGAUCUGACAAUGGGGACAAAUAAUUCACAGAGCGAUUUUAAACGGGCACACCAGGGUGGGGGACUCUGCAUACGGUUGCCUUUCCCAUUCCCAGACACGUGCAACGUUAACCAAGUGUGAAGCUGGACCUGUACUGCAUGGGGCCCAUUUUGAUAUCUCCUGCGGUUUUAAAAAAAACUUUGUUUACAAACUGGUGCUAACUUGUGUAAUUGUGUAAAUACCCCUCGGUGGGGCCAACAGGUCUGCAGGGCAGCCUAAUUUUUCAUUUGAACUGGUAUUGAUUUGCAUUCAACACAUUCUUUUUGAUACUUUGGUGCUAUUCUAUAGUUUGUACAACUUAAAUAAAAGAACAAAACUCAAA